CCGGCCGCGGUGUGCUCUUCGCGUUUGAGCCGGCUGCGGAGUCGUCAGCAUGUCCCUCGCGGCCUCCGCGGGCCGGGGUCCGGGGGCCAUAUGGUCCCCAACCCACGUGCAGGUGACGGUGCUGCAGGCGCGGGGCCUGCGGGCCAAGGGCCCCGGGGGCACGAACGACGCGUACGCGGUGAUGCAGGUGGGCAAGGAGAAGUACGCCACCUCGGUGUCCGAGCGCAGCCUGGGCGCGCCCGUGUGGCGCGAGGAGGCCACCUUCGAGCUGCCGCCACUGCUGUCCGCCGCGCCUGCGGCCGCCGCCACCCUGCAGCUCACCGUGCUGCACCGCGCGCUGCUCGGCCUCGACAAGUUCCUGGGCCGCGCCGAGGUGGACCUGUGGGCGCUGCACCGGGACCAGGGCCGCCGGAAGACACAGUGGUACCCCUUGAAGUCCAAGCCAGGAAAGAAGGAGAAGGAGCGAGGCGAGAUCGAGAUCGACGUCCAGUUCAUGAGGAACAACAUGACGGCCAGCAUGUUUGACCUCUCCGUGAAAGACAAGUCUCGGAACCCCUUCGGCAAGCUCAAGGACCGGGUCAAGGGGAAGAGUAAGGAUAGUGCUUCCGACACCGCCUCGGCCAUCGUCCCCAGCACGACGCCCUCGGUUGACAGUGACGAUGAGUCGUCUUCGAGAGACAAGAAGAAGAAGUCCAAGAUCAAGACCUUGUUUUCCAGGUCCAACCUGCAGAAGACGCCGCUCUCCCAGUCCUUGUCCGUCCUGCCCACUUCAAGGUCGGACAAGGUGCUGCUUCGUCCUGGCGACUUCCAGUCCCAGUGGGAGGACGACGACAAUGAGGACGAGUCCUCCUCCACCUCGGACGUCUCUUCUCACAAGAGAACAGCAAGUGCCGAACUCAGGCAGCUGAGCCAGAUCACCCUCAACGCCCCCAGGAAGGAGGGACUGUCCUUCCUUGGCGGCCUGCGGUCUAAGAACGACUCCCUCUCCCGCUCCAACGUCUGCAUCAACGGGAAUCACGUUUACCUGGAGCAGCCAGAGGCCAAGAGCGAGGCCAAGGACGGCAGCCCUGCCUCUUCCCCGUCCCCCCAGGGCUUCAGGAAGAAGCACUUGUUCUCCUCUACCGAAAACCUGGCUGCACGGCCCGGGAAGGAGCCUGGGGAAGGACGGGUGUCCCCCGACAGGCGGCUGUCCGAGUCUUCCCCCAAGGACUCUCUCAAGUCCAUGUCUUUGCCGUCCUACCGCGCGCUGGCCGGCGGGGACGUCAGGGCAAGCAUGGCUCCAGCAAAUCUGGACCCUGUGAAGGACGCCAAAGAGAGCAGGAAGCAGGAGAACAAGAAGUCCUCUUUGCUUGCCCUGGUGACGGGAAAGAAGGAUGUGGCCAAGGGUGGCGAAGGGGACAGCCCGCCUCCCGUCUCCGAGAAGGAGGAAGGUGUAGUCGCAGAAGCCAGGCGCAGGGAGGCUGGGCCGGGGCCCAUUGGAGACCUCGGGAGAAGACCCGAGAAAGAUGCUGCGGCUGUUGUCUCCAGUUGGGGUGACUCUCUGAACCCCUUCGAGGAUGUGCAGGUUGCAGACCCGCAAGCUGACCCAGAGGCCAAGUCUGAACCCAAGCCACCCGCUCCCUCUGCAAGAGCGCCUCAAACCAAAGCCGUCAAGCCUCGACUGGAAGUGCCUCCAGAGGCCCUACCCAGAGCCGGGCUCCCUUCUGCCCCUGCCUCUGCUUGCUCCCUCCCUGCGGCCCCUCCCAGGGCUGGUCAGGCACCUGUCCCCGCUGGUCUGGGGCGUGGCUCCGAGACACAGCCCUCUGGGAGUCCUCCUGUCCUCUGCUCUCCCUCAUCUCCCAUGGCAGCCCCCGUGUCCACGUCUACACCCAUCAGAGCCUGGCCUUCCGCAGACCAGGCCCAGGCUGGUGCCGAGGCGACGUCUCUGCUCCUUGAGGCUGAGCUGCAAGAGGAGCAUUUCACUCCAGUUCCUGACGCUGUUUGUUCUGCCUCGGGGUCGCUUGCCAGACAGCCUCCUGAGUCCACAUGUGGAGGGACAGCAGCCGUGCCACUGGAGACCCGCGAGGCAGGCCCGGAGGAGAAUUUCAGCAGCUGUGUGUCUGAACGGGUGCUCCCAGAGCAGCCCUCGGCAGGGCGAGAACUCCCCAGGCUCCCCCUGCAGACACAGGCCUGCAGCCCUGCAUCUGAAGAGGUCCAGGACGGACCGUCUGGCCUUCCCCUUAGCAGUGGCAGGAUUGCCAGCCCAGCCAGGAAGCCUCCGGUGGGGAGGACCUCUGACUUUGAGGAUCAGCCUGGGGCUUCGGUGGAGCAAAGUUGGGGAGGAGGAGCCACGUCCACAGUUAGCGAAGCCGCGUCACCGCCCGAGGUCGGGGGGCCGGUCCUUCUGUUCGACCCCGUGCAGAAGGUGGAGAAGGUGGGCCUACAUGGCGCCGAGGGCCGGAAGAUCAGGAAGCACGUGUCCUUUUCCGAGCAGCUCUUCACAGACGAGGAGGUGCCGCGGCCCCCGGGGAGGGCAGAAGGUGAAAGAGACCCCUCAGAGCGCCCACGUGGAGGGGCUGCCACUGGAAGAGUGUCUGCAGGGGAACCCCCUGGGUCUCCCCCACCAGAGCAUGCAGAGAUGGAGUCUGGGGCGGCACCCGGGCUGUCGGUUCACAGGGAGCCCCCUCCCACAGCGGGUACCCUGCUGCUUCCCUCGCGUGGAGACAGCGCCCCAGAGACAAGCUCAGCCGAAGACCCUCCCCUCUUUAGGGUCGAGGACGAUAGCCUGGUGACCCAGUGUCAGAGCAAAGCCAGCGAUCACGAGGGUUUAUCAUGCAGCCCCCUGAGCGACCUCCAGUCCGCGCCCGGUGCGAAGUGUCCAACCACGGCCGACCUGAACCUCACUCUGCCUUCCAUCCCUGAAGUUGCCUCAGAUGACGAGAGGGUCGAUCAGGCUGAAGGUGACAUCAGGACAGAGGAGUUGGCUGCUCUGGAAGUAGAAGCUUCCUCCUCGGGCCCGGAGCAGGGAGAGGGACCGAGGGAGGCCGCAGAUGGGCUGGCGCCUGCAGAGAGCCCAGGGAGCGCGAGUGACCUUGGAGCAGAGGCAGCCAGGGCAUCGGCUCCAGGUCCUCCCGAGCAGCCGGCAGACUUAGGUCUCGGCAGGAGCACAGGUUUGGGGGGACAGCUGCCAGGCCCAGGUGCUGGCCAGGGAGGCAGGCAGGAGGGACGUGGGAUGCCGGGGCAGCCUCCUGGCCCAGCCUUGGGCAGCCCCGAGCCCAGCCCCACCCUUCCAGAGCCCUUUUCCGCNNNUUCUGACACUCCCCACACCAGCACAGCAGAAUCUCCAAAAAAAGCCGCAGCGGAGGGCUCUGCUGGGAAAGGAGAACCUUUUGUCAAGAGGAAGCCGCUUCUUCAGGCCCGGGUCUCCCCCUCGGAGACACAUGCAGCCUCCGCUCCGCCAAGCGCUGGGACGGGGCCGGCCACGCACAGACUUCAUCCUGUGAAACCAAUGAGCACAGCAGCCACCAGGAUUGUCGGCUCCAGCUUGGGGACUGCCACCGUCAUCAGCGAGAACUUGAUCAACGAAGCCCUGAUGAAGAAGCACGACCCUGCAGACCCUGCUUCCGCGUAUGCACAGCUGACCCACGACGAGCUGAUCCAGCUGGUCCUCAAGCAGAAGGAGACCAUCGGGAAGAAGGAGCUCCAGGUCCGCGAGCUGGAGGACUACAUCGACAACCUGCUCGUCAGGGUCAUGGAGGAGACGCCCAACAUCCUCCGCGUGCCCGCGCAGGUCGGCAGGAAGGCAGGGAAGAUGUGAGUCGCCAGGAGGAGACCCUGAGCCGUUUCUGAGCUUGUCUCCACCUGGUUGAGGUCAAGGACUCAGGAGGCCCAGAAGCAGCCCACCGGCGCCAAGUCACCCUCUCCCCGGUGUGUUAUCUGGCAAGAGUCAAUCCUACCUGUUGAACCAGGGUAAUUAUUACAAAGAAGCUUUUCUGUACAUCCCCAGAAUUCUAUUUCUGAAUCCACGGUGCCUUUAACUGAGUGUAAACAUUU